AUAAAUAUUAAAGGAAAACCAAUUUCCACAGACAACACAAAGGAAUCCACUACUUUGAGUCAUUCUGGUUAUAAAAUCGAAAGAGAUAUCAAGAAAGAAAAAGUAAAACAUGGUAUAAAAGCGGAAUGUAAAGUUGUUUUGAAAAGAUUGAAGAUUGAAGUAAAGACUGAGGAUUGUAAAGAAGUUGUUCAUCAUCCAGAUGAUAAUGAACAGCCUGUCAACAAUGAAUACUUCACUCCGGAAAGAAACUCUAACAGGAAUGAAAUAAACAUGGAAAUUGAGGAGGAAGAGCAAAUUCAGAAAUACGAUAUUCAGCAAAAUUCAGAAAGAAAAAAACAAUUUAAAUAUAAUAUCAAAAGAAAAAACUACGUUCAUUCGAGUAGAAAGUGCAAUAAAAUUCAUGAUAAGAUUAAAAGGAAAUACUUCAACGUUAUGUUUGCAUCUCAUUCUAAACAAGAAUUUGCGUGUGAUGUAUGUAAACAGACUUUUACAAAUAAGAGAAUAUUACAAACACAUCUGUUCUGUCAUAUUGGAGAAAAACCAUUUCGCUGCACAUCCUGCAAUAAGAAGUUUUUAUGGCAAUUUCUUUUGCGAAGACACACGAAAGAACACAAAACUGGAAAUGAAAACGAAAUCUCUCAUAGGAAUUUACGUACGCAGUUAUCUGAAGAUCGAUUGAAUUCAUCUCCAAGAAAUGGUAAAAAAUCUAAUAUCAAGCGGAAAAACGUGUUUUGCGACAUUUGUGGUAAGCGCGUUCCAUAUGGUAAAGACUGUUUACAAAGACACAAAAGAAUACACAAAGUACACGCCUGCAAAAUAUGUGGAAAACAAUUUAGAUUGAACCGUUUUUUGUUGCAACAUAAAAAAACACAUAGCGAAGUCCGUCCUUUCAAAUGCGAUAUUUGCAAUAAAAGUUUUAAACUAAAAGAGUAUUUAAAAAAGCAUUACGAAACUCAUAGUGAUGAAUGUAACUACAUUUGUCAGGUAUGUAACAAAAGUUUUAAAACAAAAAAAUAUUUGCAAGCUCAUAAAAUAGUUCAUAGCAAUCAAUUUAACCAUAGUUGUCAGGUAUGUAACAAAAGUUUUAAACUAAGUAUUCAAUUAAAACGGCAUACUCGUAUACACAGCAACGAAUACAAAUAUUCUUGUGAUAUAUGUAACAAACAUUUUAAAUCAAAACAGUAUUUACCAACGCAUAAACUUAUUUAUUGUGAAAAAUCUAAUAUAAAGCGGGAAAACGUGUAUUGCGACAUUUGUGGUAAACGCGUUCGAUAUGGUAAGGGCCGUUUAGAAAUACACAAGAGAACACACAAUAUGCAUGCCUGUAAUAUAUGUGGAAAAGAAUUUAAAUCUAAAGGUAUUUUGUUAAGUCAUAAAGUAACACAUAGUGAAGACAGCCCUUUUAAAUGCGAUAUUUGCAGUAAAAGUUUUAAACAGAAAAGCAAUUUAAAAAUACAUCACGCAACUCAUAGUGACGAACGUAACUAUUCUUGUCAGGUGUGUAACAAAAGUUUUAAAACAAAAGUUAAUUUGGAAGCUCAUAAAAUAGUCCAUAGCAAUCAAUUUAACUAUACUUGUCAUGUAUGUAACAAAAGCUUUAAACGCAUUCAUGGAUUAAGAAAGCAUACUGAUAUACACAGCGAUGAAUACAAAUAUUCUUGUGACAUAUGUAACAAACAUUUUAAAACAAAACACAAUUUGCAAAGACAUAAAGUAGUUCAUAGUAAUCAAUUUAACUACACUUGUCAGGUAUGUAAUAAAAGUUUUAAAGGCAGUGCUGGUUUAAAAAAGCAUAUUCGUAUAUACAGCAAUAAGUGCAAAUAUUCUUGUCAUAUGUGUAACAGAUAUUUUAAGACAAAACAUUUAUUGGAACAGCAUAACAUUAUUCAUAGCGAUGGAAAAAAGUAUGUUUGUGACAUAUGUAAAAAAGUUUACCCCAAUACAACUGCCUUAUUCAGCCAUCGUCGUAUUAAACAUGGAAAUAUGUGAAUUAUUACUGAAUCCACGCUAAAAGAACAUUGAAAAUUCACAUUGAAAAAUUCACAUUGAAAAUGUAAUACUUGUCAUAAAAAUUUAAAAGUAAAAUCACUUUAAUUAAUUACCAGAAAAUUCAUUAAGACAUAUAACUAUUUCCUUGUGAGAAUUUCAAUAGACGUUUUACCGACAAACAUGUAUUAAAAUGUCACGAAGCCACUCACAAAGAAGACAAUCUUCGUUACGUUCGUGAAGUAUGUAACAAAGAAUGUUAUUUUAUAAGUCGUUUAU